GUCCGGUGGUCGUCCCCGGUCACAGCCGGUCACCAUGAGGCCGGAGCUGUGGCUCGUCCCGGUCCUCGUCCCGGUCCUGUGGCUCGUCCUGUCGGAGGCGGCCCGCGCUCCGCCGCUUGGGCCGCAGGAGGACGCGUCUCUCAGGUCGAUGCUGGACGACUUCGACGUGUUGCCUCUGUCCGACUUGCAGACUCACUCCGUCCGCCGCCGACACGUCCAGACGCAGAGUCACGUGGAGAAGACGCUCAGCUUCUCCGCCCUGCAGAGACACUUCAGACUCUACCUGAGAACCAACGACGAGCUGUUCACUCAGGACUUCAGAGCCGUGGUCGUCGACGAGGACGGACAAGAGCGAAGCUACUGGGUCAACAGACACAAUUACUUCACUGGACACGUGAUCGGAGAAGAAAACUCUCGAGUUCAGGCUCAUAUCGACGACCACGAGUUCUCCGCUCACAUCCUGACGGACGAGGCCGAGUACAACAUCGAGCCCCUGUGGAGGUUCUCGUCGGCGCCCCCUGAUGGUCGUCUGCUUAUCUACCGCUCAGACGACAUCAGGAACCUCAGCCGCCUGCAGCAGCCGUCGGUCUGCGGCUACGUGACCUCCGACCCCCGCCACCUGCUGCCUGACAGCGUCAGAGCGGCGUCCAUGUUGGAGGACUGGGAGAACGACGAGUCCGUGUUCCGAGGGAAACGUCAGGUUCACGACCACAAGAGGAACACGUGUCCGCUGCUGCUGGUGGCCGACCAUCGCUUCUUCAGACACAUGGGCCGAGAGGAGGAGAGCACCACCCUCAACUACCUGAUUGAGCUGAUCGACCGCGUGGACGACAUCUACAGAAACACGUCGUGGGACGACGAGUUCAAAGGUUACGGCGUUCAGAUCCAGCAGAUCAUCAUAGAAACGACUCCGACAUCUGUGGCUCCGGGAAAGAGUCACUUCAACAUGAGAGGAAGUCCGGCGGAGGGCCGAGACGUGUGGGAUGUCAAGAAGCUGCUGGAGCAGUUCAGCGUGGACGUCGCAGAGAAGGCGUCCAACGUCUGCCUGGCUCACCUCUUCACCUACCAGGACUUCGACGAGGGGACUCUGGGUCUGGCCUACGUCGCCCCGUCCAAGCCCGACAUCCCCGGAGGCCUCUGCUCCAAACCGUGUCCUUCGUCGACACACGAACAAAGAGCCAUUUACCUCAACACGGGUCUGACCAGCACCAAGAACUACGGGAAGACCAUCCUGACCAAGGAAGCCGACCUGGUGACGACCCACGAGCUCGGACACAACUUCGGAGCGGAGCACGACCCGGACAACAUCCCGUACUGCGCCCCACGAGAGGACCAGGGCGGCAAGUUCGUCAUGUACCCGAUCGCCGUGAGCGGAGACCACGUCAACAACAAGGUGUUCUCCACCUGCAGUAAACGCUCCAUCGUGAAGCGUCUGCGCUCGAAGGCGUUGACCUGCUUCAGGGAGAGAAACGUCAACGUGUGUGGGAACUCCCGGGUGGAGCAGGGCGAGGAGUGCGACCCCGGACUCCUGAACAUCAACGACGACCCCUGCUGCACCGCCGACUGCCGGCUGAGGCCCGGAGCGCAGUGCAGUGACAGGAACAGCGCCUGCUGUAAACUCUGCAGGUUCGAGUCCGAGGGCGCGAUCUGCCAGGAGCCCAUCAACGCCACCUGCAAAGGACACUCCUACUGCACAGGAAACAGUAGCGAGUGUCCGCCUCCGGAGGACGCUCCGGACGCGACGGUGUGUCUGGACAGUGGCGAGUGUCUGAGCGGAGAGUGCGUCCCGUUCUGUCAGGCCGUCCUGAAGCUGCCGCCCUGCGCCUGCAACGAAACCAACUCGUCUUGUAAAGUCUGCUGUCGGAGCGGCGGCGGCGCCUGCGCCCCCUACCAGGACGAGACGGGCGACUUCCUGUUCCUGCGCAAAGGCAAACCCUGCACUGUGGGCUUCUGCGACGGAGCGGGGAAGUGCAUGAAGCAGGUGCAGGACGUGGUCGAGCGUCUGUGGGAGUUCAUCGACAAGCUGGACAUCGACACGCUCGGGACGUUCCUGGCCGACAACAUCGUGGGCUCGGUGGUGGCGUUCUCUCUGCUCUUCUGGGUUCCGUUCAGCAUCCUGGUCCACUGCGUGGACAAGAAGCUCGAUCAACAAUAUGAGCAGACGACAAAGUCUCUGCUCUUCCCCAGUAAUGCCGAGCUCCUGAGCAGCCUGGAGUCAGCGUCGGUCCGGAUCUUCAAACCUCCAGCCUUCCCCGCCACCGCAGCCCCUCUUCGUUUCCAGCCGUGCGGCCCCCAGCAGACCAGCACCCCCCCGGUCUCCGGCCCUGAGGCUGGUCCCGCCCCCCCUCCUCCUCUGGACAGCCCCCGCAUGGCCACCAUCCAGGAAGACCCCAGCUGCGACUCCCACCUGGACCAGGAGGCGUUCGGGCGUCCGGGGGCGUCGGCCCGGCGCUCCUUCGAGGACCUGACGGAGAACAACGCGAUGAGUCGCAGCGAGAAGGAGCUGAUGUUCAGACGACAUCAGAUCGACAGCAAGGAGACGCAGUGCUGAGUGGCAGGGGCACUUCCUGUCGGACGGCAGGGGCACUUCCUGUCAGUUUCCAUGCGUUCAUGUUCCCUCGGAUCAACAGCCUCAGCCGGAUGCUGCCUUCACUGCUCACGCUCAAAGUUCAGAGCUGAAGGUCGUGAGGUGUCUCAGGUGUGGAAGUAUUAAACCAGUCUCUGUGGUGUCCCAUGCUUCCUGAACGCGCCAUGCUCUUUUUAGGUUCCCAAACACACCAUGUUCAUUGUAGAUCCCAAAUACCCCACAUUGGUUUUUGGUCCCCUAAUGCCCCGCAGUCCUUUGUUACCCCUGAAAUCAGUCAAACUAUUUUAUUCAGACGAUGUUUCAGAUGAAAUCAAAGUUAUUUUUGUACGAACUGUUAAAUGAAAGUAAAAAACUUAUAUUUCUGAACUAAAAGUCCGACGAUCACCAAUGUGACGUCAGUGUCAACUGUCGACAUCAUCACCAGCGUUUAUAUUAUUAUUAUAGAAACACGUGUCUCCGUACGUGAGAUAAACACGAUCAGCUGAAAGAACCACAGAAGAAGAAAGUUCAAGCUUCAGGUUUUAAUAUUAAAAUGAUCGACUUCAGAUUCUCAAUGUGAUUAUUUGCUUGUCGGCGUCCGUUUUGAAAUGUUGCCUUUCUCACUCUGAAAGGUCAAAGGGCACUGAAAGGUCAAAGGGCACAGAGCUCCUACCCACAUUAUUUAAGCAUCAGCAUGUUUUGAAUGUGACUAACUCAUGUUGAUACAGAGGUCAAAGUUUUUACUUUAACAAAACUUUAUCAAAAUUUUUAUGUUUUGAGUUCAAGUGACGACGUGUGAAAUGUUUUCAAAUGUUAAAUAUUGUGACGUGAGUUCGGUUGAAGACUCGUGAACGUUCGUCGACGUGAGACGAUUCAGUUUUUAUUAUAUUUGAGCCACAACAGAAAAUGAAUAAUAAUCAUUUCACUCGUUAUGUUCCAGGUUUUCAAAUGUGAGAAUUUGUUGGUUUUCUUGAAUUUUCUUCAAAUUAAAUUAAUAAUUAUAUAAAAUUAAAGGGACAUUUGAUGACGUCACCUUGUGAUCAGCAUUUACUUCUUUACUUUAUGGACCAAGUGAUAAAUCAUAUCUCUAAAUCAGUAAUAUUGAAAUGUUUCAUUUAAAAACGUAACACACACGUUUACAUUGUAGGUGAACAUUGAGAAUUUUGUCUUUCUGAACAUUUCGUCUGUCUGUUGUUUGGCAGGUGUGGGCUUCCGUAUGUCUCACAUCAUAACUACAAGGGUUUUUUUUAAGACGUUGAUCUGAUGCGUUCAGACUCGUGAAGUCUUGUUUUUCAUAAACAGAAAAAACUCAGAUUUAACAUACAUGUGUUUUUAUACUUUUAUGUUUUAACGUCCCUUAUGUUUCAGUUCCUCGUAAAAAAUUAAUUUCUCCUCCAAUGUUCAAUCGUCCGUGGAAGAUGAUCUGGAUGUUUUUCUGUCUCAGGCUCAGAAGCCGCUUCACGUGACAUGUUUCAAGACUUUCUGGUUUCAUUUUUAUUUUACUUAUUUCAUUUUAUUUUGAAAAACUCGUUUCAUCAGUUCACUGUCUGAAAAUUUUUAAAUGCAUAUUUGACAGUUUGCCAAAAUCAUUUAUCAAUAAUAAAGAUUGAUACUGCGGCUUCAGUUAAA